GAGAGGAAGUGAUCGCUCCCGGAGGAGCACGAGCCGAGCGGCCCGCGCAGCGUGAGACAGCACAUCCUGCCCGCGCCGGGCAGCGCCGCCCUCGGGAGCCGCCUGCGCGCAGCCGGUCCCGCUCCGCCGCCGCCUCCUCGGCUCGGGAGACGCCGCGCUGCUGCCGCGGUCCGGGAAUCCAGUUCUGCGGCUGCCUAAAGCGUCCAGGAAACCAACAUGUCUGACAAAAGUGACUUAAAAGCUGAGCUAGAGCGCAAAAAGCAGCGCUUAGCACAAAUAAGAGAAGAAAAGAAACGGAAAGAAGAGGAAAGGAAGAAGAAAGAGGCUGAUAUGCAGCAGAAGAAAGAGCCAACACAGGACGACUCUGACCUGGAUCGCAAACGGCGAGAGACAGAGGCUCUGCUGCAAAGCAUUGGUAUAUCGCCGGAGCCUCCUCUAGUGCAGUCGCUGCAUUUUUUAACAUGGGAUACCUGUUAUUUUCAUUAUUUAGUCCCAACCCCUAUGUCUCCCUCCUCGAAAUCAGUGAGCACUCCCAGUGAAGCUGGAAGCCAGGACUCGGGCGAUCUGGGGCCAUUAACAAGGACCCUGCAGUGGGACACAGACCCCUCGGUGCUGCAGCUGCAGUCAGACUCAGAACUUGGACGAAGAUUGCAUAAGCUGGGCGUGUCGAAGGUUACCCAAGUGGAUUUUCUGCCACGGGAAGUAGUGUCCUACUCCAAGGAGACCCAGACGCCUCUGGCAACACAUCAGUCUGAAGACGAUGAGGAAGAUGAAGAAAUGGUAGAACCUAAAGGGGGCCAUGAUUCAGAACUGGAAAAUCACGACAAAAAACAGGAGGUGAAGGAAGCCCCUCCAAGGGAGCUGACAGAGGAAGAAAAACAACAGAUCCUCCAUUCAGAAGAAUUCCUCAUCUUUUUUGAUCGGACGAUACGGGUAAUUGAACGAGCACUGGCAGAAGACUCAGACAUCUUUUUUGACUACAGUGGCCGAGAAUUAGAGGAAAAAGAUGGGGAUGUGCAGGCUGGAGCCAACCUUUCUUUCAAUCGACAGUUCUACGAUGAGCAUUGGUCCAAGCACCGAGUGGUCACCUGUAUGGACUGGUCUCUCCAGUACCCUGAACUGAUGGUUGCUUCCUACAACAACAACGAAGAUGCCCCUCAUGAACCAGAUGGAGUGGCUUUGGUUUGGAACAUGAAGUUUAAGAAAACCACACCAGAGUACGUCUUCCACUGUCAGUCCUCUGUGAUGUCAGUCUGCUUUGCCCGUUUCCAUCCCAACUUGGUGGUUGGUGGGACGUACUCAGGUCAGAUUGUCCUGUGGGAUAAUCGCAGUCAUCGAAGGACACCUGUGCAGCGCACACCUUUGUCGGCUGCUGCACACACACAUCCUGUGUACUGUGUAAAUGUUGUUGGAACCCAGAAUGCCCACAACCUCAUCACUGUCUCCACUGAUGGUAAAAUGUGUUCCUGGAGCCUGGACAUGCUCUCAACUCCACAGGAGAGCAUGGAGCUGGUGUACAAUAAGUCCAAGCCUGUGGCUGUUACCGGAAUGGCUUUCCCGAUGGGAGACGUCAAUAAUUUCGUGGUCGGCAGCGAGGAGGGUACAGUCUACACAGCUUGUCGUCAUGGAAGCAAAGCAGGCAUUGGUGAGGUCUUUGAAGGGCAUCAGGGACCAGUGACAGGAAUCAACUGCCACAUGGCAGUGGGCCCAAUCGACUUUUCACACCUCUUUGUCACAUCGUCCUUUGACUGGACCGUCAAACUGUGGACCACAAAGCACAACAAGCCGCUCUACUCCUUUGAAGACAAUGCAGACUAUGUGUACGAUGUCAUGUGGUCCCCCGUGCAUCCCGCGCUCUUUGCCUGCGUGGACGGGAUGGGGCGCUUGGACCUCUGGAACCUCAACAAUGACACCGAGGUUCCAACAGCUAGUGUGGCCAUUGAGGGGGCGUCUGCUUUAAACCGCGUCCGCUGGGCUCAAGCUGGCAAAGAAGUUGCCGUUGGGGACUCAGAAGGCCGUAUUUGGAUUUACGACGUUGGAGAGCUGGCAGUUCCCCACAAUGACGAAUGGACCCGCUUUGCCAGGACCCUCGUGGAGAUCCGUGCUAACAGAGCCGACAGCGAGGAGGAAGGCACUGUUGAGCUAUCUGCCUAGUGGAAAGAAGCCAGCCCACCCCACACCUUCAGUCCUUUUAGAGCUCAGCCACUUUUACUCAGCGUCCAUUCACAGUCAGUAUUGCCGUGACAUUUCAGGUGCCAUAUUGUGCCAGCUUUGCUCCAAGUAGUCCACACUGAUCCUGUUGUGCUUUCCACCAAUCUGAAAUUCACAGAGCAUUUCCAUCUUUUCUGUCUCAAAAAUGGGGGAGGGGGACCUUAACGGAUUUAGUUGUUGCCUUUUAACUACUUAGUAGCUGUAUUUAAUAGCUGGAAACCUCUGGUUAAAUUUGUGCUUACAUGCACUCAUGGCAUAGUCCUAUUAAAUCCAUAUGAAGCCAGAUAUGAUUAGGUGCAGAUGUGGUGUGCUUCAUGAUAUGGUCCAGGGCCAAAGACUUGAGAUGUGGUGUUUCACACAGUAAGUCACAUUAUGAAUGGAUUUAUUAUAAGAACAUUGCUGCUCCUUAUUUAUUGUGGUCUGCUGCAUGGAACAUAUUUAUUUGAAAGCAUUAAAAUAAACGAUCCUAGAGCAUGUGCAUAAUGAGAGGACUGCAUUGUCUCUCUCCUGCUGUUGAGGUUACAUUAAGUUCCAAAUAACAGUAUGUCGGUUCCAUGGAGGACAUGAAAUGUUGCAGUGAAAGGAAUGAUUUUUAAUGUCUGUUAUUUCUAGGUACUUUAACAAUAUUUCAAAUAUAGUUGACUGUUGAUUCUUCAUUCAAGCAAACACAGUCUGACAAAAGUCUCUGAUUCCUAAAUAUGAUACCAGUCUAAAUAUGAUACCAGUAUUGCCAAUAAAAUGUUCCAAACCAGA